AUGUCCGGACGUCAUGGCCGUCGUGUGGGCCCACCGCAAGAUGCGGAUGAGUUGCCGUACGAGUCACGCGAGCUGCCGAUCGACGAAGGCCAGUAUUACUCGGGGCCGUUGAUCAUCACCUACGGGGCGGAGGAGAUGUACAACCCCAGUGGCCGCACGGGGGCUGUUCGGCAGAAAGGCCACUCGUGUAUGCCGGCGUUCAUCAAGAAGCGGUUCUACGACGUCAACGGCACCCAGGUCACGGUGGACGUUCGUGGAAU